GGGGCGGUGCGCGAGAGCGGCGUUGGCGCCUGCGCAGUGGGCGGCCCUCCCUUUCUGCCUCCUGGGCCGCCAUGGCGCCUGUGAAAAAGCUUGCGACGAAGGGUGGCAAAAAAAAGAAGCAAGUUCUUAAAUUUACUCUUGAUUGUACCCAUCCUGUGGAAGAUGGAAUCAUGGAUGCUGCCAACUUUGAACAGUUCUUGCAGGAAAGAAUCAAAGUGAAUGGGAAAGCUGGAAACCUUGGAGGAGGCGUCGUGACCAUCGAGAGAAGCAAGAGUAAAAUCACCGUAACCUCAGAGGUUCCCUUUUCUAAAAGGUAUCUGAAAUAUCUCACCAAGAAGUACCUGAAAAAGAACAAUUUACGUGAUUGGCUACGUGUUGUUGCAAACAGCAAGGAAAGUUAUGAAUUACGUUACUUCCAGAUUAACCAAGAUGAAGAAGAGGAGGAGGAUGAGGAUUAAAUACUCUUGGGUCUGGAAACAUUUUGUAUAUCCUGAAUAAAAAAUGGGAAAAAA